CUUCUGGAUGUGCGUAUGUGUCUGGCCGCUGGCUUUACGCAGCAGCAGCACCAGAUCCCUGCGGAAUCCGCCCCGCGCUUUCCCUCUGGCCUUUUCGCUGCUAACUUUUUCCAACUAAGUUUAGCUUUUGGAUCAAGCCGAGGAGCGGCGCGAGGCGACUUCUUCUUUCUUUUCUUUUUUUUCCGCCUAAGGGGAGGACGGGGGCGAGGAGGGUUUUCUCGGGACGGAGGCGCCGGGGCUCGGGUUAGGAAAGGCGCAGAGGCAUCCAGCGAGGAGGAGGAGGAGGCGGGAACGGCCUGCAUUGGAAAAGGGGUCCUCCCCAUCCGGAGCGACCCACAGGCCGCCCACGCCGCCGGGGUCCUCUUCGCCAUCCCUUUGGCUUUGCCCCCAAUCCAGCAGAAGAAGAGCCGCCCGGUGCGCGGCAUCCACGGAGCUGCCAUGAGGCUGUGGGGUUUGCUGCUCGCAGUGCUGGGGGCAGCUCUCUGCCAGGAGCCUGAGCCCCCCCAUGGCUGUUCCCAAGGCAGCUGCUACCCAAACACGGGAGAUCUGCUGGUAGGACGGGCCGACCGCCUCUUCGCCACCUCCACCUGCGGCCUGCGGCGUCCCCAGCCCUACUGCAUUGUCAGCCAUUUGCAGGACGAGAAAAAGUGCUUUGUGUGCGACUCACGCCGGCCCUAUCAGGCCUUGUCCAACCCUAACAGCCACCGCAUUGAGAACGUGAUCACUGCCUUUGCUCUCAACCGCAGGAAGGCCUGGUGGCAGUCGGAGAAUGGUGUGGAGCAGGUGAGCAUCCGCCUGGACCUGGAGGCCGAAUUCCACUUCACUCACCUCAUCAUGACUUUCAAGACCUUCCGGCCGGCAGCCAUGUUGGUGGAGCGUUCAGCAGAUUUUGGCCGCACCUGGCAGGUGUACCGCUACUUUGCCUACGACUGCGCCGCCUCCUUUCCGUCUGCCUCCCGGGGACCCUUGCGGCGUGUGGACGAUGUUGUCUGUGAGUCACGCUACUCGGACAUUGAGCCCUCUACCGAGGGGGAGGUAAUCUACAGAGUGCUGGAUCCAGCUAUCCACAUCCGUGACCCCUACAGCCCCAAAAUCCAGAAUCUCCUGAAGGUCACCAACUUGCGGGUGAACUUGACCAAACUCCACACGCUGGGAGACGACCUGCUGGAUUCGCGGCGGGAGAUCAAGGAGAAGUACUACUAUGCCGUGUACGAGAUGGUGCUGCGUGGGAACUGCUUCUGCUACGGACACGCCUCAGAGUGCGCCCCCCUUGCCCGUAGCCCUGCUGACGUGGAGGGCAUGGUGCAUGGCCGCUGCGUCUGCAAGCACAACACCAACGGGCUGAACUGUGAGCAGUGCGACAACUUCUACCACGAGCUGCCCUGGCGCCCGGCUGAGGGGCGGCGCACCAACGCAUGCAAGAAGUGCAACUGCAACGAGCACUCCCACAAGUGCCACUUCGACAUGGCUGUGUACCUGGCCACGGGCAACAGCAGCGGCGGGGUCUGCGACGACUGCCAGCACAACACCAUGGGCCGCCACUGCCAGCUCUGCAAGCCCUUCUACUACAAGGACCCCACCAAAGACAUCCGGGACCCCAGCGUGUGCCGCGCCUGCGACUGCGACCCCGACGGCACCCUGGAUGGCGGGGUCUGCGACACCCAUGACGACCCAGCGCUGGGGCUGAUUGCUGGGCAAUGCCGCUGCAAGGAGCACGUGCAGGGAGUCCGCUGUGACAAGUGCAAGGCUGGCUUCUUUGGACUCAAUGCGGAGAACCCCCAAGGCUGCCAACGCUGCCAGUGCGACCCCCGGGGUACAGUGCAGGACGGGCCCCAAUGCGAUGCCCUCGCAGGCGACUGCUUCUGCAAACGUUUGGUGACCGGGCGCAGCUGCAACCAAUGCCUGCCGGAGCACUGGGCGCUGAGCCCUGACAUUCAUGGCUGCCGGCCUUGCGACUGUGAUGUAGGGGGCGCCCGCGACAACCAGUGUGCCAUGGAGACGGGGCAGUGCCGCUGCCGGAGCCACAUGGUGGGCAGGCAAUGCAGCCAAGUGCAGACCGGCUACUACCGCACCGCGUUGGACCAUUAUACGUAUGAAGCGGAAGAGGCCCGGCUUCUCCAGGGCGCUGAAGUAAUGGAGCGCGUGCACCUCACGGGCCACCCAGCUACGUGGACAGGGCUGGGGUUUGCCCGGGUGCUGGAGGGCGCUGUGGUGGAGUUCCAGGUCAACAAUGUGCCCUUCUCCAUGGAGUAUGACAUUCUGCUCCGCUAUGAGCCUCAGCUUCCAGGAAAGUGGGAAGAGGUGAAAGUGUCUGUGGUCCGGCCUGGGCCCAUCCCCACCAGCAGCCCCUGUGGAAACACCAUCCCUGCGGACGAUGUCAUGACGACAGCUCUGCCACCCUCAUCCCGGUUUGUGGUGCUGCCCCAGCCAGUCUGUCUGGAACAAGGGCUCAGCUACACCAUCCGGGUAGAGUUCACCCGCUACGGAGGACGUGACCAUUUGCAAGGGGCUGCAGUGCUGCUGGACUCUCUGGUCCUGAUGCCACGCUAUUCCUCCCUGGAGAUGUUCAUCGCCGGGGACGCCGCCUCCAUCGCCCGCAAGGAGACCUUUGAGCGCUACCGCUGCGCCCAGCAGGCUCUGCCCGUGGUUAAGGCGCCAACGCCGGAGCCUUGCGUCACUUUGCUCACCAGCAUGUCGGCCAUCAUCCACCAGGGGGCACUGCCCUGUCUGUGCAGCCCCCAGGGAUCGCUGAGCUCCGAGUGCCGUCCGGAUGGGGGGCAGUGCCAGUGCAAGCCUCACGUCGUGGGCCGCCGCUGUGAACGUUGCUCCCCCGGCACCUACGGCUUUGGGCCCGGUGGCUGCAAAGUGUGCCAGUGCAACAGGGAAGGCUCUCUGAGCGGUUUCUGCGACAACUUCAACGGUCAGUGCCCGUGCCGGCCUGGUGCCUUUGGGCCACGCUGUGACCACUGCCAGCCUGGCCACUGGGGCUUCCCCAGCUGCCGCCCAUGCCACUGCAACGGGCGCUCGGAGGAAUGUGACCCGCGGACGGGCACCUGUUUGCAUUGCCGGGGCCACACAGAAGGAGAUCGAUGCCAAAGUUGCGUGUCCGGAUUCUAUGGGAACCCAUCGCUGGCCUCAGGGGGCCACUGCCGGCCCUGCCCCUGCCCUGAGGCACCUGGCUCUGGACGCCAUUUUGCUGCUUCUUGCCGCCAAGAUGGCCGCUCUGGGACAGUAGUUUGUAGCUGCCUCCCAGGCUAUACAGGCCCGCGCUGUGACGAGUGCGCUCCUGGUUACUACGGCAACCCUUGGCAGGCCAGGGGGCAGUGCCAGCCCUGCGCAUGCAACAGCAACAUUGAUGUGGCAGAUCCGGGAUCUUGUGACCGGCGCACAGGCCGCUGCCUCCGCUGCCUCUACCACACCGAGGGUGACCAGUGCCAACACUGCCAGGGAGGCUAUUAUGGGGAUGCCACACGACGCACCUGCCGCCGCUGCUCCUGUAACUUCCUGGGCACGGUUCGCAGCCAGUGCCCGUCGCAGGACCAAUGCCAGUGCGAGCGGUACAGCGGGCAAUGCCAGUGCCUGCCCAACGUCCAGGGGCAGAACUGCGACCGCUGCGCUCCCAACUUCUGGAACCUGGCCAGCGGUCAAGGCUGCCACCCCUGCGACUGCCACCCACAGUACUCCCUGAGCUCGGCUUGCAAUCAGUUUACAGGGCAAUGCCAAUGUCGGCCAGGUUUCGGGGGCCGCACCUGCUCGGAAUGCCAGGAGAACCAUUGGGGGGAGCCCAGCCAGCAGUGCAGAGCCUGCGACUGUGACCCGCGUGGGAUCGAGAAGCCGCAAUGCCACCGCAUCACUGGGCACUGCUCCUGCCUCCCAGGGGUCUCGGGCGUGCGCUGCGACCAGUGCUCCCGAGGUUUUGCCGGCGAGUUCCCCGCCUGCCAGCCGUGCCACCAGUGCUUUGGGGACUGGGACCGCAUUGUGCAGGAUUUGGCCGCUCGCACCCGCAGCCUGGCGCAACGCGCCCGGCAGCUUCAGCAGACGGGCCUCACCGGGGCGUUUGAGGGCACCUUCCGCCGACUCCAGGACAAGCUGAGUGCGGUCCAGGCCAUCGUCAAUGCCCGCAACGCCACUGCCAGUGCAAUCGCCCACCUCUUGCAGAAUAUGGAUUCGCUGCGGCAGGAGAUUGCCGAUGUCACGGAAACGCUGACCAGCCUGGAAGGGUUGCUGACGGCCACCCAGGACAGGAACUUCAAUGCCAACCAUGCUCUUGGCACGCUGGAACGCGGCGCUCGGGCCCUGAACCUCAGCCUGGCAGAUCUUGCGCGCCAGCUGGAGGCGCUCAAGAAUGCCAAUGUGCUGGGAGCCUAUGACAGCGUCCGCCAGUCCUUUGUCCAAUCGCGGGAAGCGGAGCACCGGGCCAACGCUUCCGCGGUGGGUUUCUCCAGCCCCGUCGGCCAAUCGGCCGCAUCCCGGCGACGCACGGAGAACCUGAUGGCAGCCCGGAGAGAAGCUUUCAAUCGGCAGAAUGCAGCCAACCGGCGAGCUCUGACUGACCUGUCCACACGCGUUCGAGGGCUGAGCCUGCAUCGGAUCAAUGAGAAGGUGUGCGGUGCUCCAGGGGACGCCCCCUGCUCCAGCAGCCCCUGUGGAGGGGCUGGUUGCCGUGACGAAGACGGCAGGCGCCACUGCGGGGGCCUCAACUGCAACGGGGCCGUGGCCACGGCCGACAACGCGCUGGAUCGAGCCCGCCACGCUGAAGGGGAGCUGCGCCGCGCUGUGGCUGACGUGGAUGUCCUGCUGCGUCAGGUGGCCGAGGCAAAGGCAAGGGCAGGUGAGGCGAAGCAGAGGGCACAGGCUGCGCUGGACAACGCCAAUGCCACCAAAGCCCGGCUGGAGCGCUCCAACAAGGAACUGCGGGACCUCAUCCAGCAAAUAAAGGGGUUCCUGAAUCUUGACGGAGCCGACCCUGACAGCAUUGCUCUGGUGGCCUCCCGCGUGCUGGAACUCUCCAUCCCAGCGUCCCCCGCACAGAUCCACCACCUCGCUGAGGAGAUCAAGGAGCGUGUCAGCAGCCUGGCCAACGUGGACGCCAUCUUGGACCAAACGGCGGGAGACGUGCGUGUGGCGGGGCAGCUGCUGCAAGACGCACGCCGCGCCAACGCUCGAGCAGAGAGUGUAAAGACUGCAGCCGAAGCAGUGAAGAAGGCUCUGGACGACGCCAAACGGGCUCAAAGCGCCGCCGAGAAAGCCAUCCGCAACGCAGCCAGCGACAUCUACAACACCGAGACUGUCGUGAAUAGGAUCCAGCAGCAGACCGCAAGCGCCGAAGGUCAGCUGGCUGAAGCCAUGGAGCGCGUGGGUCACCUCGACAAGCAGGUGGAUGCGCUCAAGAUGAAACGGGCCAACAACAGCCUGGCCGCCACGCGAGCUGAGGAGACAGCCAGCGCUGCCAGGGACCGAGCUGGCGAAGCCGAACAGUUGCUGGACGGGACGCUGGGUGACCAGUACCGCACCAUGAAGGACCUAGUGGAACGCAAGGCCCAGCACGUGGUCCGGGCCCGGCAGAAAGCAGAGCGCCUACGGGACGAGGCCAAGGGCCUGCUGCGCGACGCGCAUGACAAGCUGCAGCGGCUGAGCGCGCUGGAAGAAACGUAUGAAGAAAACGAGAGGCUGCUGCAGGAGAAAGCGGCCCAACUGGACGGGCUUGAGGCCAAGAUGAGGGUCAUCUUGGGAGACAUCAAUCAGCAGAUCCAAAUCUACAACACCUGCCAGUGAUGCGCCGUGGUUCUCUCUCCCUCCCUCUCUCUCUCUCUCUCCCUCUCCCACUCCCAUUUUGUAAGUCCUAUUCACUGCUCCCAGUCAUGUGUUUGAAUAAGCCUUGGUUACCCCUGCCUAGAUCUAGCUUAGUGCCCGGAGCACCGCUUCCUGUGGCUCUCCCUUGCCACCAUUGCUUGACUCUCACCCCAGCCUUCAUGGAAGCACAGCACUGCAUACAUCAAGGCUUCCUUAGGAAAAUCCCUUCCCUGCCAACAUCCGGCACGUAAGGAAGCACUUAAGCUGCCAUAGCAGAAUUUUCCCAUUCUGGUUUUCUGCUGGUCUCUUGCUCAGAGCAGUAACAGAACAGGGGAAGGGUUGCCUAAAAGGAAGUUCAGGCGAGGCAGCUGCAUUGCCAUGCCUGUGUGUGAUCUGCCCCAACCAAGGUGGCUUACACCUGUGUGUGAAUAAAGGCCCAAAGGCUAUUGCUCUCUGU